GUGUUUAAAGACAAUAUUAUGUAAUAGUUACUGUUGUCUAACAAUAAAUGCUGAAUAAUAAAAAGUCAUUUUAUAAUUUAAUCAAUACAAUAAAUGAAUUUAAUUAAAAAUAAGAAUUCAACACAACAAAAACCAAGUUUAUCAUUUAUUAAACAACUUUUCAAUAAAAAAAAACUUGAAGUGGUGGCUACCAAUGUAUUUUACACAAGUAAAGAAGAAUACGGUGAAGAAACAAGAAAAUAACUUGUCAGUCCAAGGGAGAGAUUGAUAACCAGAGAAAAGUAGAGUAGUAGGUAAAAUACAUUGAGAUCGCAUUCGUCUUUAUAAAUUAAUGAUUUGAUAGAGUGCAAUCAAAUAAAAUAAAAAGCCUAAAUUAGACUAAAUAGUCCCUAUAAAUUUAGUAGAGCCAAGGCUUUACAAUUACUUAGAGAUCGGCAAAAGUCUCCUUGCCUCAUAGUAAAGCAACGAACUCUGCCUGUUUAUUCAGUUACUGCAGUAUAAACAUCAAGAUUGAGGUAUGAAUGA